CUGCUUGAGUUCCCAGAGUUCCUAUUGGGUCAACGCGGGAAGCAGUAAGAUGGCGGCAGUGGCGACCUGCGGCACCGGCGCUGGGAGUACUGGAUCUAUAGCGGCUGCAGCCAGCAAGAACAAUGUCACCAGUUUCCAGAGGAAGGGUCCAAGAGCAAGCGGUACCGACAGCGGCUGUUCUCGACUGGUGUCCAUCGCGGGCACACGACCGUCGGUGCGGAAUGGACAGCUGCUGGUAUCUACCGGGCUCCCAGCCCUGGACCAGCUCUUAGGUGGAGGUUUGGCUGUUGGAACAGUUCUUCUAAUUGAAGAGGAUAAAUACAAUAUUUAUUCUUCUUUGGUCUUCAAGUAUUUCCUGGCAGAAGGAAUCAUCAAUGGGCAUACUUUGUUGGUUGCGUCUGUGAAAGAAGAUCCUGCUGAUAUUUUACAGGAACUUCCUGCACCGUUACUUGAUGAUAAUUGUAAAAAAGAUUUUGAUGAAGAUGUAUGUAAUGAUAAAACACCAGACUCUAACAUUAAGAUGAAAAUAGCUUGGCGUUACCAGUUAUUACCCAAGAUGGAGUCUGGACCAGUAUCUUCUUCAAGAUUUGGUCACUAUUAUGAUGCAUCAAAAAGGAUGCCACAAGAACUAAUUGAGGCUUCAAAAUGGCAUGGAUUUUUUUUUCCAGAAAAAUUAUCUUCAACUAAUAUAGAAUCGUGUUCUUUGACCCAUGGCUACAGAAAGCUGCUUCAGUUUAUCCAGAACGUCAUAUAUGAGGAAGGAUUUGAUGGAUCCAGUCCCCAGAAAAAACAGAAAAACAUUUUAAGAAUAGGAAUCCAGAGUCUUGGUUCGCCUUUGUGGGGAGAUGACAUUUGCUGUACAGAAAACUGUGACAACAGCCACAGCCUUACGAAGUUCCUGUAUGUUCUCCGUGGUCUUCUACGAACCUCUCUGUCAGCCUGUAUCAUCACAAUGCCAACACAUCUUAUCCAGAAUAAAGCAGUUAUUGCUCGUGUUACAAACUUGUCAGAUACAGUAGUUGGUCUGGAAUCAUUCAUUGGUUCUGAGAGAGAAACCAACCCAUUAUAUAAGGAUUAUCAUGGUUUGAUUCACAUUCGGCAGAUUCCUCGGCUUAAUAACUUGAUUUAUGAUGUAUCCGAUGUCAAAGACUUAGCUUUUAAAUUAAAAAGGAAGCUAUUCACCAUCGAGUGGGUGCAAGACAACUACUUGAGACAAGAGAGGAACAUUUAUCCUCCAGGCUUCUCGUACUUACUCAAGCAGAAAGACUCUGCAUGGGGAGAAGGUUCUUUACAGCAUUCCACAUUUUUAAUGAGCUUCCUUGCAAAGGCGACUGCAUUUGCCUCCAGACUUGUCAGACACAGUGAGCCGCUCAAGCAAACAGGAUCUGGCAGAAUCCUCCAAGCUGCUGGGCCCAGGCUGUGGCAUGAUGGCCGGAGGCAAGAAGCACCUGGACUUCUAGCGAUUCCUCCUUAGUCGUUGCAUGCAGAAUUAUAUGACACUCUAAUUAUGAUUGCUAAUAGCUUAUGUAAAUAUUUUUCUUAACGAUUUGACCCUCCAAUCCUUGAAAAACAGUUAGGACUGCAAAAUGAGGCCACCGCUCUUCAUUUUCCUUACCCAACUUUUUAUGCAGAAAGAGUACAGCAAAACUACUUUCAUUUUAAAAUUUUGUUUUAUGCUAUAUUUAGAGAAAGCAGAUAAUUUUAUUUUUAAAUAAAAUGUGAGAAACUCCAAGUGCCUCACAGUGGUCAUUAGUGUACGUGUAUUAAGGCACUUAGUUCAUUGUAAGUGUAUAUUACAGCAGGUAGCAUAUAAAACAAUAUGAAAUUCACAAUUGCGUAUGAAAAACAUUUUCUUUCUGAAAAAGUCACUUGCCACCAAAAAAUGCUAAGUUUUUUUAAUGAAAAAUUCAUUUGCUAAUAUAUGUGAAGACUAUAAUAAAAUGAAUUUUGCAU